UCAAAAUGGUUCUUAGAACUAAGUCGCCAUGCAAUCCGUGCAGUAUAGUUACGAGGACUUCGCCAAGAUGCCCAGCUCCUUGUUCCGCUUGAUGGGCUACGACAUGCUGGAAACACCAAGGAAUCGCCAACAAAAAAUAAUGAUGCAAGUCUAUCGGGCUCUGUGCCUUGGCAGCCACUGUGUCUGUCUAGGAUUCAUGAUUUUCCGUAUGUUAGAGAUGAAAACAAUCAACAGCGUUUCUCUGAUUAUGCGCUACGCCACUUUGGUAACGUAUGUUGUAAACUCGGACACAAAAUACGGCACCUUACUUCAGAGAGGUGCCAUCCAGAGCCUCAACAAUAAACUGGCCGCCAUGUAUCCAAAGACCACACUUGAUAGGAUCUACUACCGCGUUAAUGAUCACUUCUGGUCAAGAGCAUUAUCGUCUAUGAUUAUGUUCUACGUAGGAUCAUCCAUUAUGGUGGUCGUUGGUCCGAUCUUUACGUCCCUUUGGUCGUAUUUCUUUCAUGAACAAUUUUCCUAUAUGCAUUGCUAUCCCUACUUUAUAUUCGAUCCCGAGAAACAUUCAGUAUGGAUAUACUUGGGCAUCUAUGCUUUGGAGUGGCUGCACAGCACCCAAAUGGUUAUUUCCAAUAUUGCCGCCGAUACGUGGCUGAUCUUCUUUCAAGUCCAGAUUAGUAUGCACUUUAGGGCCAUGAUAAAAUCCAUUGAGGACUACCAGCCCAGUUGGGAAAACGAUGUCGCUGAUCGUCACUUCUUGUCGAAGAUAGUAGACAAGCACGACUAUCUGGUGAACCUUCAAAAAGACUUGAAUUCAAUUUUUGGAGGUUCCCUGCUUCUAAGCCUUCUCAGCACAGCCUCGGUUCUCUGUACGGUUUCGGUAUAUACCCUGAUACAGGGACUUACUUUGGAGGGCGUUACCUAUGUCAUUUUUAUUAGCACUUCUGUGGUGCAGAUGUAUCUGGUUUGUUAUCAUGGACAGCAGGUUCUAGACUUGAGCGCGUUCAUUAGCCACGCUGUUUAUAAUCACAAUUUUCACAACGCCUCCUUGUCCUAUAAGAAAUUCCUUCUUAUAAUCAUUAUACGUUCCCAAAAACCGGUGGAGUUGAACUCCAUGGGUUACUUGUCCAUAUCGCUGGAGACUUUCAAACAGUUGAUGAGCGUUAUAUACCGAGCCAUAACCAUGUUGCGACAAAUGAUUCAGUAGAUUCCUUAAAAAUAAU